AUGUCUAAGUUAGAUGAUGCUGAUAUCGAAUCUAGAUACCCUGAUACCAACAACUUUAUUAGAUCCAUCACAUCCGUCAAGCGGCUUUCGUUAUGCAUAAGAUCACUCAACGCGGAAGAGCUUAACAAUUUGAAGCUCUGUCCAUGUGAUACAAAUUGGUCGAAGUUACUUGCCCGGUUACUCGAGAAAUCUCCUAGUUUACGAGAGCUAGAGAUUUGUCUGAAUGAUGAUCAUAAAGAUACUUGUGUGGAUCCACCACUGGUUUCCUUGGAGAAUGAAUUGAAUCCUGUUCCUGAAUGCAUGAGGUCGAGUCUCGAAACUUUCAAGUGGAAAGGGAUACAUGGAUCGCAGAAAGAGGUAGUAGAUGUGGUUAAAUACAUUUUGAGAAAUGCUUGUUGCUUAGAGACUGCGGCAGUCUUGUCUCAGUCUACUCCAGAGACAGAGGAUAAAUGUAAGAUGAUGAUCCAGGAGUUGUUACAUUCUUUUCUAAGUUCAGCAACCUGCCAACUCGUGCUUGAGUGAAGAUAUCUAAUAUAGGAUUCUCACUUGCAUUUAUAUGAAUA